UUAAAUUAAUUUUUUUAUAAUUUCAAUUAUAUACAGUUUAAUAAUGAUGCCCAAAAAGUAUUUCAUAAAAUUGGUGAUGCUGGUAGACAUAGUGCUGAAGCUGCAAAAAAAGGAUUUUCUAAUGUUUUUAAUUUUGGUAAAUCAGCAGAAAAAGAAGGAGAAAAUCAAUUAAAUAAUAUAAAUGAAGAAAUUGGACAUGUUGCUAAAGAUGGUAGUGAUGCAUUUAAAGAAAGUACAAAUACAUUUAUCAACAUGGGCAAAGAAAUGCUUAAAAAUGGAGAAAAGUUUAAUGAAAAAGUUGAAGAUGUAAAUGAAGGUAUCCAAGGAAUUAUUGAUAAACUUGGUGAUGCUGCCAAGCACACAACUAAAGCUCUUCAACAAGGUUUUUUUGCUGUACUUGGAUUGGGUCAAGAUGCUAAUGGUGCUUUUGAUAAAAAACAGGGACACCCAGACACUGUUGAAAAUAUCAAAAAACCACAAGGAGUUGUAGAAGUUAUUGGUGAUGUUACCAAAAAAACAACUGAUGGAAUUAAGAAUGGACUAUCAACAUUGUUUAAUUUGGGCAAUGGAUUCUUCAAAUUUGGAGAUAAAAAAAAUCAAAUGGAUGAUUCUUCAGCAAAUUUAGUUGAACGUGUUGAUGUACGAGGUGGUGGUGAGGAUUCAUUUGACGACUUCAAAAGAAAUUUAAACAAUGAAAUUAACUCGUAUAAAUAUAGUGCUUCUGAACCGGUAAAAAAAUAUUAAAAUAUCAAAUAAUUUAAUAAUUAUUCAUACUAUUUUUUAAUUUUGAUAUUUGAUAAUAAAAAAAAAAAGAAGAGUAUAAAAAGUAGACUAAAAGUUUGGAGAGAAAUUGCUGCUGAUACCAAGGAAACAAUAGGAGAUACUAUUAAUGCAAUAAAAAAAAGUAUAUCAUCAACAUUAGCUGCUGGUGGAAAAAUUGUACAAGUCGGUGUUGAUUUACAAAAUGCACAAUUAACUAUUGAAUCAACAUUUCCAAGAAUGGGUUUAAAAUUUGUUAAUUUAUUAUUUUUUCGUGGAGAUAAAAAAAAU